AUGCCCAAUGACUCAUUCACCAAGCCUUCGGCUUCUUCGGACCAUCAUGCCCAGGGGGGUAAGAUGGGGAGCUUUGGGAAAGCCGCCGUUCUGAUGGCUGCUACUACUCCUGCCGCAGGUGGAGGGGGCGCCGGGGUCUUAGCUCAAGCCGCCGCCGCCUCGGGAAAGAAGUCUCCCCGUCUCCCCAAGUGUGCCCGGUGCAGAAACCACGGCUAUUCCUCGCCACUGAAAGGGCACAAGAGGUUCUGCAUGUGGAGGGACUGUCAGUGUAAAAAAUGCAGCCUGAUCGCAGAGCGGCAGCGGGUGAUGGCAGCGCAGGUUGCAUUGAGAAGGCAGCAGGCCCAAGAAGAAGAGCUGGGGAUCAGCCAUCCCAUCCCUCUGCCCAGUGCCCCAGAGCUCUUUGUUAAGAAGGAAAACAAUGGUGGCAGCUCCUGUUUAUUGUUGGAAAGCAGCAGCCCGACACAUUCAACAAACACAGCAACUACAGCAUCCACCACCCCAUCAGAGGGACGGAUGCUCAUUCAGGACAUUCCUUCCAUCACCAGCAGAGGGCAUCUGGAGAGCACAUCUGACUUGGUUGUGGACUCCACCUACUACAGCAGUUUUUACCAGCCUUCCCUGUAUCCUUACUACAACAACCUUUACAACUACUCCCAAUACCAGAUGGCAGUGGCCAGUGAAUCCUCCUCUAGUGAUAUGGGGGGCACACUAGUAGGGUCCCCUGUGAAAAACAGCCUGCGAAGCCUCCCAGCCACAUAUAUGUCAAGCCAGUCAGGAAACCAAUGGCAGAUGAAAAGCACAGAGAGCAGACAUUCCAUGAGCUCCCAGUACAGGAUGCACUCGUACUACCCUCCUGCCUCCUACCUGGGCCAGAGUGUUAGCACACCUGCUUGUGUUCCGCAGAUCUUCACUUUUGAGGACAGCCCCUCGUACUCAGAGUCUAAAGCAAGCGUAUUUUCACCACCCAGCAGUCAAGAUUCUGGCUUAAUUUCCCUUUCCAGCAGCUCUCCUAUCAGCAAUGAAAGCACCAAAGGAGUACUGGAGUGUGAGUCUGCCUCUGAGUCUGGCACCUUCACUGUUAAUUCUGUUAUAGAAGAUGGCGAGUAAGCAAAAUUCAGGAGAUCUCUACUUUAUUCAGGAGAUCAAGUGCAUUCUGUUAUAAUGUUGGUUGUUUGCCUGUUUUGCAUUGACUGAUGCUGAAGUAAACAUUGAAAAAAAUGUUUGGUUUAUUCUUUUCAGACUUGUAUUAUAAUUACUAAAACUUACAUUCCUGUAACAGUUUAGGGACCAUAGCUUCACAGGCUGCAAUGCAGGUUAGGUAUUUUUUGCUUGGUGUUAAUGCAGUAAUUCUCUUUAUUAAAUUUACACUCAGUAAACUACUCUUUACAAAAGUCCUGGAUUGUGGCAUGAAUAAAAUAUAAUCAAAGUUAAGAUGAAAUGUUAGACCCCUUGGGGGGGUUGGUUCCAGUUUGCAUACACAAGAAUGCUAUAAUGUAGAACAGGUCAGGUAAAUCCCUAACCAGUGGC